GAAAAAGUCUACUUACGACCAUGUGCAGCCUUCUUUGCUGUCGGUUCUGCGGACGAAUCCGAGUCAUCGUCCGGAACUGCCGACGGUCUGUCCACCGUACUGUCGCGCGCCGCAGGUGUCCAUUCUGAAAGCAGCGAAGCCGGUUGCCCUUCCACCUGAUGUGCGGUCUCGCUUGUACCGUGGACGUCCAGUGACGGUAGCAGACUGCACCUGCAUCAGUUGCGCUACCAAGUCGUUUUCCGAUUUCAAGAAGAAGCGAAGAGCGGGACGAAAACACUUGCAGCGGGAAUUGGAUUACUGCAGCAAAACCGCAACUGUUUGCGCUAGUACUGGCCAAUUGUUGCAACAAGCGACGCCGAUAUUACCGUCACAAACUUCUUCGUUCGAAAUAUCUCCAGUGGGGCACGACCAGGGGGUGCCGAUGCGACAAGCAGGAAAGAUCUAUCGACAAGUUGCC